UCCAACAAUACAUAGUUAAUCAAUCUAGUAAAUAGACUAAGUUGCUUGAUGUUUGACCCUUUAAGAAUUAUUUUUGACCAGCUAUCAACUCACUAUAAUAAAAUCUAUUAACGACUCGUCCCGUUAAUGACCCGCUAAAUAUAGUCAAAUUUGCAGCCCAUUAGGCCAGUCCAUCUUAUUAACCAGCUCUAUACACAAUUUUACCGGUAUUAAUAAUAAACUAACAAAGACAUUAUUUUCGAGUAACCAAACCCAUGCAUGUACUUCACCAACGCAAUAAUGCAGGCAAACCUUUCUAUAAAUAUACAGAACUCCCCUCCAUAAAACUUAUAUCAUCAAUCAACUACCCAAAAUGGAAACUCCAUUACAAUUCAAUCUUCCCUCCAUUACCAUAACUUUCCUCCUCCUCUUUUCAUCCAUAAACCUCUCUUCUUCAACAAAACAAUGCAACCCAAAUGACAAAAACGCCCUUCUUGAAAUCAAACACUAUUUCAACAAUGCCUCUGUUUUCUCCAUAUGGGACCCAACCACCGAUUGCUGCACCUGGCGUGGUAUCGAAUGCGACGCUCAUGGCCGCGUUAACUCCCUUUCUGUCAGUAUAGACGACGGCGUAGUCGGCACCAUUCCGCCCGCAUUAGCCCAACUCCCAUACCUCCAAUUUCUAUCCUUCUCCUCUUUUCCCCAGCUAACAGGCCCAAUUCCGCCAUUUUUAACCAAAUUAACAAACCUUCAACACCUCGAUUUCGCCGGAAACAAUCUGACAGGUACAAUCCCAGAUUUCCUUACCCAAAUCAAAAAUCUAGAGUAUCUUGACCUAAGUUCCAAUUCCCUUUCGGGUCGUAUUCCUUUAUCACUUGGUAAAUUACAAAAACUUAAAUUAAUUGCGCUUUACAACAACCAUUUAUAUGGGAUAAUCCCCAAUUUUUUUGGGUAUAUGACCAAUUUAAGGGAACUUUACCUAAAUGGAAAUAAACUUACCGGCAAAAUCCCAUCCUCAUUAUACCUUCUUCCUCAACUAUUUUCCAUUGAUUUUAGCCAAAACCAGCUUACCGGGUCAAUUCCUGAAUCUUUUGGAUCAUUCAAAACUCCAUUAAUCGAUUCAAUCAGUCUAUCUUUCAACAAAUUAUCAGGUUCGAUUCCGCGAUCAUUUGGAAAUGUUAAUGUAAAGACUUUAAGAAUUGAUCAUAAUAUGUUUAGUGGGGAUGCAUCUUUUUUGUUCUCAAAGGAAAAAACAUCAUUGAAUAGUAUAGAUAUUGAUAAUAAUUUGCUGAAUUUCGAUUUUUCUGGGGUUGAUUUUGCUAUAAGUUUGAAGAAUUUUGAUAUAAGCCAUAACAAUAUUUAUGGGUCACUUCCUAAACAAAUUGGGCAAUUGGCGUUACAAAGUCUGGAUGUGAGUUAUAAUCAGCUUUGUGGGGAGAUACCGACUGGAAGAAGGUUAAAACAAUUUGAUCCUGCUGUGUUUUCUAAUAACAAGUGUUUGUGUGGUACGCCAUUACCACCUUGCAAGUAGGACCCACAACGUGUUGCACGUGAAUAACAUGUUUUUAAGGGUACGAAUAUGGUUUGUAUAUGUUAUAUAAUCUCGAAUUUUGGCUUUAUAAGUGAAUUUAGAGGGUAUGAUGAUAUGAUAUGAUAUGGCCGUAUGUUAUGAUUUGAUACUACUGCAUUACUUCGAGUUUAGCCCUUUGAUUAAUAAUAAUCUCAUAUAAAAUAAUUAAAGGAGUAGGCUAAAUAUGUUUUUUUCAAUACUACUUCGUUACUUUAACUACAAAUACUCACAAAAGUAAGUAAAGGGAAAAACUCAAUGGGAUGAGGGUGUAUUAUUAGUCUUUUAUAUUUCAAUGCUUUGAUCAAUAUAUAGAUAUUAUUAGAGUUUUAAAAAUAAUUUGUGUUGAAUGACAUUUUAAUAUAGUGAAUGUCUUUAUAUAUCUAUUUUGUACUUGGUUCUAAAUGGUAAUAUAUACUAUUAGAAUUUUAUGAGA